AUUCCAGAGAAGGAGCUACGACACAGAUAUUCACUCCGGUAAGCAGCCAUGAGACCUUCCGCGAUUGGAGCCCUCUCCGUCCUCCUCGGGAUCAUCCUGCUUCAAGUGGCGUUUGCUGAAAAAAUUGGAAGCUGCCCACGUGUAUAUGUAAGAUGCAGUUCUGAUAAAAAUAACGAUACAUGUAAAACUGAUGAGGAUUGUCUUCAGGAUCAGAAGUGCUGCCAGACAUGUGGAUUCAAUUGCGAGGUCCCUGUGUCAGAUAAACCUGGAAGCUGCCCAAAUAUAAUGGUAAAAUGUGCAACACCUAUUGAAGAUACAUGUAAAAAUGACGAUGAUUGUGAAGAGGAUCUGAAGUGCUGCAACCUAUGUGGAUACAAUUGCCGGAAACCCGUGCCAGAUAAAGAAGGACAAUGUAAAUUUUAUGAAACCUUCGCACCGUGCUCCUCAGUAAGAAAAGCGUGCAAAGGGGACGCAUUCUGUCCAAACAAGCAGAAGUGCUGCAAUGUUCGAUGUACAAUGGAAUGUGAUGAUCCUCAGUCUGAAAAAAAAAAAGGACAGUGUCCUUAUUUCAAGGACAAUGAACUAGUCAGAUGUGGUUUCGUCAAAAAAACUAUCUGUGACAUAGAUGAAGACUGUGGAGGACUGCAGAAGUGCUGCCGAGAGCUCUGUACCAACCAAUGCCGGGACCCUGUGGCUGAAAAAAGCGGACAGUGUCCUCAUGUGGGGAUUCCCAAUACCCACGCGCGGUUCGUAUGUCUAAAAAUUAACCAAACUGCUUGCAAGACAGAUGAAGACUGUGGAGGUCAGCAGAAGUGCUGCAGUGAGUACUGCGUCAACAAAUGCAAGGAACCUGUGGACAUACAAUGACUACAAUCUUCCUGAGUUGAAGAUUCGAGAUGAGAAGCCGUGAAGACGUUAGUGGAGAGAUGAGAUCGGCGUCAACUCAUUGUGAUUGUCAGGACAUCACCCCACCACAGGAAUUACCAUUAAAUGAAAUAAAAAAUUUCAAUCUCAAA